CUAGCCUUUUUCCGAAACUACGACCCUAUUAAAUAAUAACCAAAACUCGGUUACGAUCGGGAUUCCAAUUUAUUUCUCCUCACCACUCACAUGACAUCACCCGCCCCCACUCGUGCUCUCCGUCGGAGCUGCCAGUUCUGCAGGGCUCGCAAGGUUCGUUGUUCCGGGCAGGAGAAGUGCGAUGUUUGCCGUGAAAGAAAUAUCGAUUGUAUCUAUGGCCUGGAAGCGCCCAAGGGGAGACCAAGAAAACGCACAAGAUCCAGUUCGGUCACUCGAGGUACCGAUACUGUUGAGAGUCUUGCCACCUCCAUACUGCCUGCUCCCCAUGACUAUGACUCUAGGAGUGAUACGAGUACUUCCAGAGGCUCGGUACCAGCGGGAUCUAGUAGCCCUUUGGACCUACCUUUAGCUGGGGCACGGACUCUCGCUUCCGAAUUUGAGACUAUGUACGAACAAAGCUUUGGCAGCAACCCUGCGCCUGGCGGAAACUCGACCAACAUCUAUCAGCUAGCCAUAGAAGCCUUUACUCGCAGAGCCAAGGGGGAUACCAGCAUGGAGCAGCCUGUCAACUACGCGGUAAUGAGCUACGAUUCAAUGCGAGGAGUCCUUACCCAAGAGCUGGUGGAGAUAGUAUCUACCAAAUAUGGACGACUGGAUUGUCUCCAUCUGGGAGAGUCGCGCGGAAAAUUUUAUCUCAGAUGCUUAGCGUCAGACCCUACACCGGCAAUGUUUCAUGACAUCCCUCCAUCCUAUGAAAAUCCGAUUGAUCUCAUGAGCGCCAGCAGAGUCGUGGAGCUCAUUGGGGCAUGGUUUUCGGUGCAUCCCAUCUCUAUAAUUGUCUCCAAGACUCUGCUUCUGCAGCAAUACAAGAAUAGGAUAUACGACCCACUGUUGCUGUGCGUCAUAAUCUCGCAGGCGCUUUAUGUCAACGGUGACCCCCAGUCUGAGUUGUACUUUAAUUAUGCAAUUUCUGUCCUGCGCAGGCUUCCGGCAAAUACUUGCGACCUCUCGACAGCGCAAUCUCUCCUCCUGCUUGGUUGGCAUGACGUCUGCCUUGCGAAGGCCCGCCGCGGUACCUGUUUUGUUGGAUAUGCCUGUAGGAUGGUGACCAAGUUGAUGAAAUCCCCCAAGAUUCCCACAAGCCGAGUAAAUGGGGUAGACACGGGAGAGGUGGAAGCGGAGUUGAUGAAGUACCUAUACUGGAUCCUACUGUCAGUCACACUGUGGACCUUUAUGCAAUUUGAUCAACCAUUCUCUGCGGAUAUGUUGCCAUCCCCGACAGCAAUGGGGUUCCCACCGCCAAGCGAAUCGGAUUCCAUGAUAUACAAGCUGGAUUUGACUUCUGGGAACACUUUCCAAAGGCAGGGGAAAAUCAUAGGGGAGCUGUGGGCAUUGAGCAAUAUUGCUUCUACCAUUGGAAAUAUCUACGCCUUGUUUCCUCGAGCGAAUGAGCCCUCCAUCUCCGAUUGGAGGGUGGACCAAACGAGCGAGAUUCAAUCGCUCGAUCCAGAACGUGACAUGAUGGCUCUCUGCUCAAGAGUCAAAGAUAUCCUUGCGGCAGCCUCGGAACAACUGUCCGAGACGUUAAUCGUCUCUGGGGGAUCCCGCGCAGUCACGUUAAUCGCUUAUCAUACGCUCAUCAUCCACUUCCUUUUCCCACGCUUCGGGACACAACCUCUCCAGGAUGCGCUCGACACACUUAUCACUUCUUCUCGCGCUUUGAUAGAAGUGGCAAGAGCCGAGGAGGCGCUUAUAGGGAGUAAGAUGAUGUGGUAUUCGACCGCGCAUGCCGAUCCCUUCACGGCGAAUAUGUUGAUGCUGGGCAUCGAUGCAUGCACAAGAGCACUGGAUGAUAUCAAGUCUCGAGAUAUCCUACUCCCCCGUCGAGCGGAAUUUACCAGGCUCUCCCGGGAGCUCCUUGAGGUCACAAAGAUGGAGAGGCUAGCCGUCGCUCGGAGGGCGCGAAUGGUGAAGAAGCGAUUGAAGGGUGUGAUUGUUUACAUCGAGGAUGAAAUUCCUGUCGGUGCAGAAACUUCUCCCCCCCUGCCCGGUUCAUCCAGAUUGAGCAGUGCUGGGUUCUCCGAUGGUAGCCAGCACGGUGCACAGGUGACCGGAUUUGAGGAGCUUUGUGAUUUUGGUGGAUUUCUGGGCUCGGGUGAAACGUUUCCACCAUUACCGGGUGUGGAGGAGCCUUCCGCGUUCUUCCCUUCGCCGGUUUUUGACCAACCGCACGCCUAUCUGAGCAUUUUUCCGACUCCCCGACCCUCUGAAGGGUCGGGUUUGGAGACGGCGCGGAGUCAAGAAGAUGAGUUAGCUAGGUGGAGGGGGGUUUAUUAG